AUGCAACCCAUCGCAGAGGGCAACACGUCGCAGAGCUCCUCCAAGGAUGCUUCCGGCGCUGAAGACUCGGGCGUCGGUUCCGUCAUCGAAGACGGCAAAGCCGUCAUCGGCAUCCUAAAGUCUGGGAAGGGAGGCCGGCGACACAAAAAACAUCGCCGCGGAUCAAUCCGGUGGGGCAUAGACCAGGAAAAGAGCAACCAACAGGAGAACGCCGCUGCAGCCGAAAGCCAUGCCCCGGUCGUCCCUGCAGCAGCUGCGAACCCGUCAGCGCAACGAGGACCGCCCCAAACGCUCGCCGUACAUCCGCACGCGGCAGCGUCAGCGCAGGCCACACCCGUUGCGGGCCAAGUUCUUGCGGCCUCCGGGACGCCGUCAGCGUCGGCAAUCGUACACCCGUCAGGAGCAAGUGUGUCAGCUGCGCCCCAAUGGACGCCGGCUAAUCUGCGACCAGCAGUUCCGCCUUCAGUUCCUGCGGUGCCGGCUGCGUCGGGGCCGCAACAGGCGUUGUCCGUCGCGCCUCACGGUGCCACCAUCAACGGCGAUCGCCCUCGCGCCGAGCCCGCGGUGAGCAACCCUGCCCCGCCGGUUCCAGCUGCAUCGCCUGUGGCGGUCGCCAUUACUGCGGUGCCUCUCUACUACGACGUCAUACCGGCACCCGAGAACGCGGCCGUCCACGUUCCGCAGCCGCCCAUUUCAACAGCGCAGGAAGUCGAUGGUACGACGAAUAAUUGCUGUCCCGCGUGCGUUACGGUGGGAGCGAUGUUGCUCCUGGCUCUGGCGUUCGCAACGAUGGGUCUGCUCGCCUUCUUCGUGCUCUUCACCGACACGCUGCAGAUGGAGACGAACGCUGGCGACGAGAGUGCAAAGUUGACGCCACUCACCGACUUCAAAGCGUCCCCGACGAAGGAACACCCGAACGAGCAGCUCACGACGCCGGCGACGAUCCCGACCCUGCGCGUGAACACCGAAGGAAGCGGGAUUCGCAGGGCGGGUCGGGAAAGGGCGGAUGAUAAAGGAGAAGAAGGAUUGCCCGCGAUUGAUGGAGAAGGACAAGAAGGAUUAUCCUCGCUUGAUCCUACGACCCCCGUGACCGAGCAGCUCACGCCGUUUUGA